CAAGAGGAUAGCGAAAUGGGGUAUUUCUUGAUUUGUUAAUUGGCAUUUUAAUCUUCACCUGGAGGCUGGUGGUUCUGAAACAAUAAGUAGUCCCAUACACAAGACAUGUAUUACUUGGGGACAGGAAGCCACCAAGUAGAAGACCAGAAGCAGGUUGUGGUUUUGCACACUGUAGCCAGAAUUGUAAAAUAAAUAAAAUAAAAUAAAUAAUUCAACGUCAAAAAUCAAUUGAAAAUGUACCCAAGCGCAGUGACAAUGCUGGGAUGUUUGACUUGGAUCUUCAUGUCUUUGGGGAGUGCGCCCGUCAGCUCUAAAGGGAUUCUAGUGAAGCAGUAUCCUUCAGAUCUAUGUGUCGGACUUGGACAUUCAGCUGCCAUCAUUUGCGCUUUUGAAUUCGACAUUAAAGAUGGAGCCAAGAUCGACGUUUACUGGCUCAAGCGUGAAGAUCAAAAUGAAAUUAAGACUGUAGUUCACACUGCUUUGAAGAACUUUCCCACGCUGAAUACAAAUGCAAUUCACAACGAUUCUAAAACUGGCUUCAGAGUCUCUGGCAACUUAAAACAAGGUUUCCUUAUUCUGGAAUUAAAAAACAUUCAAGAAGCAGACUUUGGUUUGUACAUCUGCAAAAUAACUGGAACCAUACCACCUCCACAUGUAGAAGGAAAAGCCAACGGCACCCUCAUUAAACACAGCUGUGACAGAGGUUGUACUCACACAUCAGAGACCAAGAGACUUCUGCCGCAAACAAUUUCAGUUCCUGGAAACACAACACUGUAUCAGAAUCACGGUAGCAAUGGCAGUAUAUUAAUUGCUAUUGUUGGGUUCCUUGCGACAUAUGCUUUGAUUAUCACAAUCAUUGCAUUAGUUUGUCAGUUUCACAAAAAGAGAUCAAAAGACGUAAAGGGGGACUCGAUGAUAUAUGAAGACAUGAAUAGAGUAAAGCAUGAAAUGAUGGGAAUGAGAACAUAUUAGAAUGUCUAACUUGGAUAUGGUGAUUUCAUCCCCUGCACAUACCAAUGAACACUGUGUUUCGAUAGUGGUUUUCCAUUCAUGUUUCCUGCCCUCCGUUUGUGGUCUGAAGAGAAGUCCCUACAAAGAUGUGUUAACUCCUCAGUUUUCUCACCAUUCAAUGAAAUCAAAAAGGAUAAAAAUAAUAAUGUUUAAUAUCAAACUGUAAACCAGGGGCCUAAAAUGCUUCUACAUAUUCUUAGCCUUUGUCUUAAAAUUGAAUAUUGUGCAGAAUUUUGAAAAACAAUUUAGAUUUUGUCUCCAUUUGGAAGCCCAAAUUGCCCAAAGCCAUCUCUAGGUUUCGGUGUACAUUGCAACACUUGCACAUUUGAAGCCUGAACUAACCUUUAAAAAAGAAUAUUCUUGACCUUAAAUAGAGACAGAUGCUCAUUACAUACCAUGCCAUUUGUCCCUCUCACAUAGCUUCUCUAUAUGGUAUAAGGAAUCUAAUGAAAAAAGCCAAUGUUAACCACUUUCAAAAGGAUGGUCUACAAAUUUUCUUAACAUCAAUGUAAAUGGUAAAUGUUUCAAUUUUUUUUAAAUAUGGGGUAAACUCUGAAUUCUAUUUUACUGUUAAUAGAAUACCACUUUGAAAAUAUUACAUUAAAUGUAACACAAUUAAAUGUUGCGUUUUUUUAAAUAAACAAAUUGUGUUGUGAAGAUUUUGUAAAAUUCAUUUUCUUGGCUGAUGGAAUUGCAAGCUUCAUAGCAGCCCAACAUUUCUCAUGCUCAGUGAGCACCUUGGGACGUCCUCCUGACGUGAAAUGUAAUGUGUUGUUGUCAAUGGUCGUAGCUUUAAGACUUGUGCUUUAAAUGUUAGUCAUGCAGAAUUUUGGAAAGUUCUUGAAUUCCACCUUGAUUUCGAAAGCUGUUCUUUAGAAAACAAAUUUAAGAAUUUUUCAUGGCCACUUUCCAUUUUCCAAUCUUGAAUUUUAAGAGAAUAGUCUUAAGACUAAGAUCAUGAGAAAUACUGUGCUUCAUCUGGACACUGGAGCUGUGCAAGGAUCCUCGUUAAGAAACGGUUGAAGAAAUAUCACAAAUUAGCAGUAAUAUCACCUAUAUACAUGAUUGUGGGUCUGUAUGUAAUAUAUAUGCGUAUGCAUAUACAUAUUUGUUUAAAUGUGUUAAAAUGUGACUGUAUCAUGACGAUGUUAUGAAAAGGCUCAACUCUUUUACUCUUGUGUUAU